CCCGGACUCCGAGCUUUUUUCACCCCGCGCCGCGCCGGUCCUCCGUCGGUCGGUGGGUCGGUGGGUCGGUGCCAGCCGCGCGCCCCCCGACCAUGUCUGCGGCGGGGGAGGCGGGACCCCCGCCCCGGCCCGAGGCCCCCGAGGCCCCCGAGGCCCCCGAGCCGCCCCCCGCGGCCGAGGCGGCCCCCGGCCCGACCCUGCGCUGCCUCGUGCUGUCGGGCUUCGGCGGCUACGACAAAGUGAAGCUGCAGAGUCGGGCGGCCCUGCGCCCCCGGCCCGGCCAGCUGACCGUCCGCGUCCGGGCCUGCGGACUCAACUUCGCCGAUCUCCUGGCCCGCCAGGGCCUCUACGACCGGCUGCCUCCGCUGCCGCUGACCCCGGGCAUGGAGGCGGCCGGCGUAAGGGCGGUGGGCGACGGGGUCAGCGACCGCAAGGAAGGUGACCGCGUCCUGGUCCUGGCCCGCUCCGGCCUGUGGCAGGAGGAGGUGACCGUCCCGGCCAACCAGACCUUCCUGAUGCCCGAGAACAUGACUUUUGAGGAGGCGGCGGCCCUGCUGGUCAACUACAUCACGGCCUACAUGGUGCUGUUUGACUUCGGUCACCUGCGCCCGGGCCACAGCGUCCUGGUGCACAUGGCCGCAGGCGGGGUGGGCACCGCGGCCAUCCAGCUGUGCAAGACGGUGGAGAGAGUGACGGUUUUUGGGACGGCGUCGGCCAGCAAACACGCAGCGCUGCGGGACCACGGGGUGACCCAUCUCGACUACCACACGGUCGAUUACGUGGAGGCCAUCCGGAAGGUCUCCCCGCAAGGAGUGGACAUUGUGCUGGACCCCCUGGGCGGAGCUGACACCGGCAAAGGAUUCCACCUCCUGAAGCCAAUGGGCAAAAUCAUCACCUACGGAGCGGCCAACGCGCUGUCCGGCCCUCGGCGGAACCUGCUGACCCUGGCGCGGGUGUGGUGGGGCCAGUUCAGCGUCUCUGCGCUGCAGCUGCUGCAGAGUAACCGCGCCGUGUGCGGCUUCCACCUGGGCUACCUGGACGGGGAGGUGGAGCUGGUCAGUGGCGUGGUGGCCCGCCUGCUGGACCUCUACCGGCAGGGCAGCAUCAAGCCUCUCAUCGACUCCAUCUGGCCCUUCGAGAAGGUGACCGAUGCCAUGCGGCAGAUGCAGGAGAAGAAGAACGUGGGCAAAGUCGUGUUGGUGCCCGGCCCGGCCCCUGAGGCGGCCGAGAGUUAGAGGCCGGCGGUGGGCGGGGGUGAGCCGUGUGGCCGGAGCAGAGAGCCAGGGCCCCGCUCAAUCUGGCUACCGGGGCUUCCCCCGCCCGCCCCGCUUCCCGGUCGGCACCCGGCAGUGACCGAUAGGGAAGUCCAGCUCUGAGGUUUUUCGCUUCGCUCGUGCCAGGGCCAUGUGGGGAGCGCCGUGUGGCCGGAGUGCCAUUUCCUUGCCCCACUCCCCCCGAGGACUGACCUUCUGGAGGGGGGCGGAAGAGGGGGGUGAAGCUGGGUCCCCCUGGGGGCCCUGACUGCAGGUCGGCUUAUCCUCCCCCCAUCGCCCUCCCUCUUUGCCAGCCCCACCCGAGUCCUUGUUUACAGAGGUCCGGAGGGGGGAGGCUACCAUGGCGGGAACGAACGCUCCAGGCCCUCUCUGGGCACCCACGCUAGCCUCACCUCCACACUGGUCCUCCCCAGCCCCCGCACCGUGCUGCCUUGCGUCCGUGUCAAUAAAGCAUCCGACUGCCCGUCCUCA